AUAUCCUUGUUUUUGUCCAUCAUGGCUGCCUCUCAAACCCAUCAACUUUCGUCUCUUGACAAUGUCGAGAUGUCCAUACAUGUUAUUGACACGGAGAAAAACCAAAUUCAAGAACCUGCAAUUAAUGAGUUUGGUUACUCUCAGAGAGGACAGUGGCUUAGAGCGGCUGUUUUGGGAGCCAACGAUGGAUUGGUUUCUGUUGCAUCUCUAAUGAUGGGUGUUGGCUCUGUUAAAGAAGACAUCAAAGCCAUGAUUAUAGCAGGUUUCGCAGGAUUGAUUGCUGGAGCCUGCAGCAUGGCAAUCGGAGAGUUUGUGUCUGUAUACACUCAAAGGGAUGUAGAGAUAGCUCAAAUGAAAAGAGAGAAGCAAAAGAGAUCAGAGAGAGAAAAUAAGGAAGUGACUGAGAGGAAGCAGCUGCCAAAUCCAGGACAUGCUGCUGCAGCAUCAGCCAUGGCCUUUUCAGUUGGAGCAGUGAUCCCGCUAUUGGCUGCAGGCUUUAUAAGAGACCAUAAGGUGAGGAUGGCUUUGGUGGUUGCGGUGGCUAGCAUGGCUUUGGUGGUGUUCGGAGUGGUGGGUGCUUUGCUUGGGGGGACUCCAGUGAUGAAGUCUAGCGCCAGGGUGCUUGUUGGAGGAUGGAUGGCCAUGGCUUGUACUUUUGGGCUCACAAAGUUGAUUGGGUCUGAGGGGAUGCAAAUUUGAUUUGCUUUGUUUA